AUGAAUGCCUUGAUUUCCUUCCGAUUUCUCUUUCUCAUUCGUUUCGUACGAAACCUUGUUUUUGUUUUCAUCGUGCGUGACGAUGGGGAUGUGCGGGGUUUUGCAAAGCUUCAACAGCAACUGCAUGAUACGUUGGUCGCGCACAAUUCACAGACAUGGGGCAUAUCAGUGCAGCAACAGUGCAAGCAGCAUGUGUCAAAUGGUCGCAGGCGGCGUCAGCGUGGAUACACAGCGCACGGAGGGGGGUGGGCAGCAACACUGGGAAUGGCAGCAGUAAUGUGGGGAACGGGGAACAACAGUGGUGGCAGCAACAAUGGCUGCACUUUGAGCACUCGAUCAGCUCAUAAUCUCCCUCCCUUGCUCAAAGCGCUUGUUGGUCCUAAGUGCUCAGCUUCCGCAGUGAUGGAGCAGAUGGAGUACCGGUACCACACAGAGAACAUGGGGAUCGGUGCCACAGUCAACCCCAUACAGGCAGUGGCAGUAGCGCGCGGUCAGCAUGCUGAAGUUAUCGCUAACCUCAAGCACCCCAACUGCUAA